UCAGGUCGGACUGUAAACAGUGAGACACUCCGGAUAGCGCUGUCACGCUGCGCGAUGUGGCGGCUCUUCGCCUUCAUCCUGCCGGUUAUCAGGCUUUACUUCAUCGGUGUGAAAGUGCUCAUCUACCAGCUGCUCCACAAAUCCUUCACUUUACCAGUUUUGCCCAGACAGAAUGGGAGGGUUGCCAUAGUGACGGGAGGAGCCAGAGGAAUGGGCUAUGAAACUUCUCGGCACCUGGCGAGCCUGGGCACGCAUGUGGUCAUCGCUGGAAAUGAGGAGGAGGAGGGUCUCGUUGCGGUGAAGAAGAUCCAGAAGCAGACGGGACACAGGAAAGUGGAGUUCAUGUACCUGGACUUGGCCUCCUUGAAGUCGGUGCAGCAGUUUGUGCAGAGAUUUAAAGCCAGGGGUCUGCCUCUACACACGCUCGUCAAUAACGCUGGUGUUAUGCUGGUCCCGGAAAGGAAGACAGAAGACGGAUUUGAGUUACACUUUGGACUGAACUAUUUGGGACACUUCUUGCUGACCAACUUGCUGCUUGAUGUGCUGAGAGAUUCUGGGCAGAGUGGGGGGUGCUCCCGCAUCGUCACAGUGUCCUCAGCCACUCAUUAUGGAGGAAGACUUGACCUAAACGACCUGCAGGGCAGGUCGUGUUACUGUUCCCAUGGAGCGUACUCUCAGAGUAAACUGGCCCUGGUGCUUUUCACUUACCAGCUACAGGAGCGGCUGUGGGCUCGAGCGGAUCCAGUAACGGCUAACGCCGUGGACCCAGGCAUGGUGGACACGGACUUGUACCAGAACCUGUGCUCUCCUGCUCAGCUGGCCAAAAAACCCGUGGCCAAACUCCUCUUCCGGACUCCGGCUGAAGGAGCGUCCACGGCCGUGUACGCAGCCGCCGCCUCUGAGCUGGAAGGGCUCGGCGGCCUGUACCUGUACAACGGCCAGAAGAAGAUCUCCUCAGCAAGCUCCUAUGAUAAGCAGCUGCAAGAAGAGCUGUGGACCAAGAGCUGUGCGAUGGUGGGCCUUCAGAAAGCCUGAACACCCAGAGGAACAUCUGAACAUCUUCCUGAUGAGCAUUUGGAUCAUGAUUACGAUGACAAAAGGUUCAUUUGCUGGCAGUUUCAUUUUGCACUUUGUCUCAUACCUGGUAUAUCGUGUGAUAACCGAAGGAGGUAUCACUUCAUCCUUUGUAGCAGUCACUGAAGAUUGAUUUUUCUGUCUGAAGGGAACUAUUUCUCAACAAAAAAGGACAGAAAGUCUACCAUUUCCAAGCCCAGUGUCAUGAUUCUGCACUAUGUGAACUUUUAUAACGUUAACGCUGAGAACCAGAAUCAAUGCAAUAACAAGUUCUAAUGAUCUGCCAAGCUUUGGCUUUUAAAUUACUGUAAACAAAACAACAAAAAAAACAACAACAAUCAACUUGACCACGGUCAUGUACUGCCUCAAAAAAAAAAAAAAAAAAAAAAAGUCCAAAAUGGACGACGCUCUGCCUCUCUGUUUUCAUUUCCACCUGCUUCGGGGGGGGAAAGAAACCUCGUCUUGUGCUGUCUUCAGUGGAUUCCCCUGUUCCCGUGUGCUCCUUUUCUACUGUCUAAAUCAAACACGCCCGAACACUUAACGAUGGAAACCAACCGAGUGCAAUCGAAAACAUCACAGACGCACAGCUGGACGGCUACAGCGGGGGGAAACAGUUAUUUCUUAAAGCAUCGUUUUUAUUUUUUUCCCCACCCUGAAAUUCUGUGUAGCGUCUCGGUAGCUUUUCCCAGCGCAGGUACCUCACUUGGGCCUACCGACUCAUUUCCAUGAGGAUGUCGUUUUUUUUUUUUCUUUUCUUCUUCUUAUUUUGUCUGUCGUUGGUUUCUGUGACGUGUUACGUGAUCGUGGUGUCUGAGCAAUCAACUCUCAGCUGUAGUGUUCUUUAUUUUCCGCCAUCUAGUCGUUCGCGUGUCACGCAACCGAGUGAGAAGAAACGUUUGAAUCGUAUAUAAGCGUGAAUACGGUAUUCGGAGCGUUUCGGUACCAGGCGUAAACGCUCGGACAUCUCCUGAGUGACACUUCGAAUCCGGCCGGUCGAGGUCUCGUUGUGAAUUCACGGCGCUUUCUUCGACGGAUUAUUUCGGAUAAAUGAAACGAUGAACGAUGGAAAAGGAAUAAAUACAAAAGACUUGUGUAUAAUACGAGUGACCGGGACGUGUGAACUCCUCCGAUUGCUGCUUCGCCCCGCAGAAAAUGUCACUUGUAUCCGUGUCAGAUGUUACAGUGUCAAGUGUACGUGUCUGUAUUAAUGUGUAAGUGACCAACGAGUCGAUCAAACAUGCUCAGAACGCUAUAACAGUACGCUUAACAGUAUUUCACGCCAUUGGAGCUUCUGGUUUUAACCAAUCACGAGUCAGGUUCUCUUUGAUCCCAGCGUAUUGUGCACGCUAAUCAGUCGGAGCGAUUUGGCUUUCAUCCCAAUCGCGAGGGUAAUUACAGCUGUAAUUGCAGCCCUUGCGUGAUUGCUUCCUUGCUCGGCUACCAGUCGGUUUAAUUAGAUAGCGAUAAGAAGGUAAGGAAUAGAUCUGUAACAAUAUUUAGGACCGAUCAGAAACGCAGCUCAGAAGGAGAUAAUUGCACACACGCUCUUGAUUUUUUUUUUUUUUUUUUUUUUUUAAAAGGCAACCACCGCUCACUGUGAACGGCGCCGUUAUGGUUUGAUCGUCAUUCUCAACCUCGUAACACUCGACACGAGUGGAGCGUGCUGUCGAGUGGCGUGGAAGUGGCGUCGGUUCUUAAACGGAGAAGAAGAAGAAGAAGAAACAAAAAGAAGAAUUCGUGCAUUUCCUUUUUUGGUUGAAAUUUCAAAAAGAAACCUUGAAAUCAAUGCUACUUCAGCUGUCGUGUCUUUAUUUGAUGUGCGAUGCUGGUGGGUGGGGAAUCCGAAUUUAUUUUUGUGCAAUGAGGAAUGGUUCCCCUUUUCCGAAAAAAGAUACUGUCGCCUACAAGUCGUGAAAAAUGAUUGACGUUUUGGUUUUGAAAUUGCUUUGUGUACAUCACCCAGGUGUUCUUGUGAUGACUGGCAUAAAGCUGUCAUAAGCUGUGUGUGUGUGUGUGUGUGUGUGUGUGUUUGGCUCUUCACUGUAGGAGUACUUGAGUCAUCAAAGGCUGAUGGGUCACGUUUUCCCUCAGCAGCGUGGGUGAAUCAAACGGAUCCGUUUGAAGUCCUGAUAUGCGGCGUCCUCCUCUUCCAUCAAACAUAGCCGAGCUGAGUUUAAAGACACCAACUCUCUAGUAUUUACGCAGCAGUACGCAACUUUUCCUCUGCUCUAAAAUCGAGCACGACCCUGUCAGUUAAACCUGGAAUCCCUUUAUUAUAACGUACAGCGUGUUACCGUUUGGUCUUACUCCACAUUUAUUGCAGUGUCAGGGGGGUGGAGGGUUAAAUAAACAUAUGUUUAUAUGGUGUUUGUGUGCAAACGUGUAUUCAGGACCUAAACUCGAACCCGGUUGCAGUCCAACUUGUUUCCAUCCAGCUAUCCAAUUCCCAUACCGCUUAUUCUACACAGGGUCGCUGUGGAGCCUGGAGCCUUCCGCAGGGAACUCAGGGCACAGGGUGGUAGACAACCCGGAUGGAGGUGCCAAUCCAUCACAGGGCACACUCACAUAUACAUUCACACACCCAUUCAUACACUACGGACAAUUUGGACAUGCCAAUCAGUCUACCAUGCAUGUCUUUGGACUGGGGGAGGAAACCGGAGUACCCGGAGGAAACCCCCGAGGCUCGGGGAGAACAUGCAAACUCCGCACACACGGGAGGGCGGCGAUGCGAAUUGAACCCCCAACCCUGGGGAUUUGGAAAUCAUCCCCAAUUGGAAAGCAACGAAUUAUUAUGUACUCUCCAUACAGUACUCGAGGACAUGGCUUAUUAUAACAGUGCUUCUUUUGUGUGUAUAAUUAAAUCAUAGUACUUUUAUUUUAAAAAAAUAAUAAAAUAUUCAACAUUGCUGUGUUUAUCUUCGAUUGCUGGUACAGAGUAAAAUAAUAACGCGUUUAAGCCCAACUGAAAGAUGUGCAAAUUAUAAAUAAUUCAAAUUCAAGUCCCGGUCAAAAUAAAACAGUAAAAUAAGAAAGUCUACUUAGAACGUGUAGAAAAAGAAAAAGAAAGUGUACUUACUUUUUCUUACCACAGAAGAAUAUCGCAUCUGUUGAUAUUUCUAUUUGUUGAAUAAAUGAUUGAAAAAGCUCA